AAUCAGGGGCAUGCCACAAUUCUUAGGAUCCAUUGGGCUGGAUUCUCAAUUUCUCAUAAUCCCAAUUUUUAUAAAAAUUAAAAUGUUGAAUGUUGGUUCAACCCAUCAAAUUCCCGUUUUUUGUUCUCGGUUUUUUCCCCACUUGUUGGCCGCCGCAGACAACGGAGCCUGAACGUAAACUCCCAAAUCCCCAUCCUCCCUCCGAGUCAUUCGCACCUCUAGACUUCGCAUCACUCCUCCACGACUCGGGCAGUCUGUGCGUGUAGCUCGCGACAGAGGACGAAUUGACUCGUCUAAUCCACAACUUCACUCCCCGCCUCCUCUGUCCUCAGGUUCCUAGCAAUGCGAAAACCGAGAUCAAGGGACUUCCACAAGCAGCAACGGCUUGCAGAGGAAGAUGAGAUAAAGCUUUUGGACUCAUGGAUUCAAUCCCAGAAACCGGACUCCGGAUGUAACCCUAUGUCAUUUGCCCCUUUAUCCUCCAAGGACCCUGUAGGUCGCAUUGAUGGCAAUACAUUUUCGCGUUAUGUGGGUGUCACGAGGUUUGACCAAUUGCCAAUUUCCAAGAAAACCAAGGAUGGAUUGUUAGAAGCUAAGUUUGUUAAGAUGACCGAUAUCCAAAGGGCUUCUUUGCCCCAUGCGCUUUGCGGGCGAGAUAUUUUGGGUGCAUCAAAAACUGGGUCUGGAAAAACCUUGGCUUUCAUUAUUCCGGUCUUGGAAAAGUUAUAUAGAGAGAAAUGGGGGCCUGAAGAUGGGGUAGGCAGCAUCAUCAUAUCCCCUACAAGAGAAUUAGCUGGUCAACUCUUUGAUGUUUUAAAAAGCGUUGGUAAGCACCAUAUUUUCAGUGCUGGCCUGCUGAUUGGUGGUCGAAAGGAAAUUAAUGUUGAGAAAGAACGCGUAAAUGAGCUGAACAUUUUGAUCUGCACACCUGGUCGCCUUCUACAACACAUGGAUGAAACCCCAAACUUUGAUUGUUCACAGAUUCAGGUGUUGGUGCUAGAUGAGGCAGAUCGGAUUCUUGACAGUGGAUUUAAGAAGGAACUAAAUGCGAUAAUAUCACAGCUUCCUAAGCAUAGACAAACCCUACUCUUCUCAGCAACUCAAACUAAGUCUGUUGAAGUUCUUGCAAGACUAAGUUUAAAGGACCCAGAGUAUCUGAGUGUCCAUCAAGAGUCUGUGACUGCCACCCCUACUCUCUUGAGACAGCUUGUGAUGAUUGUUCCUCUGGACCAAAAGUUAGAUAUGCUGUGGAGUUUCAUAAAGUCCCAUCUUAACUCCAAAAUACUUGUCUUUCUCUCUAGCUGUAAACAGGUAAAAUUUGUUUUUGAAGCAUUUAAGAAACUUCGCCCUGGCAUACCCUUGAAAUGCCUUCAUGGGAGGAUGAAGCAGGAAAGAAGAAUGGCAAUAUAUUCUGAGUUUUGUGAGAAGCGGUCAAUACUCUUGUCAACUGAUGUGGCUGCAAGAGGGCUUGAUUUUAAUAAGGCGGUUGACUGGGUUGUUCAGGUGGAUUGUCCUGAAAAUGUAGCAUCUUACAUACACAGAGUUGGCAGAACUGCUCGCUACAAGUCUGGGGGUAGGUCAGUUUUAUUUUUGAUGCCUUCAGAGAUGAAAAUGCUUGAAAAUUUAGAAGCAGCUAAAGUUCCAGUACAUCUUAAUAAGCCUAGGAAGGAACGACUGCAACCAGUUUCUGGUUUGUUAGCAGCAUUACUGGUCAAGUACCCUGAUCUCCAGCAAUGGGCAAAAAGGGCCUUCAUAACAUAUUUGAGAUCCAUUCAUAUCCAGAAGGAUAAAGAAAUCUUUGAUCUUAUGAAAUUGCCUAUUGAUGAAUAUUCAGCAUCAUUAGGUCUGCCCAUGACCCCAAAAACCCGAUUUCUUAACCAAAAAAUUACAUCUAAAGCUGCGUCAACAAAACCAAUUUUACCGGAACCGAAAGAUUCUCACAGAGAAAUUGCAUUGGAGGUUCCAGGAGAGAAUCUGGACGUUAAUGGUCCUGAGGAAGAGGAAAAAGGCCUUCUUUUGCCGGACAAUUCCUCUGAUGAAGGGGAAGGGAAAGCACAUGAAAUUGUAGAUGUCAUACCACCAACGCGUGUUUCAAAGAAAAAGAAGCUCAAGAUCAACAUUCAUAGACCUAUGGGGACUAGAGUUGUAUUUGAUGAUGAAGGUAAUGCUCUACCUCCACUAGCUAGGAUUGCUGAUACACAAAUUGGCAAGGAAACACUGCUGCUGGAUCCAGAACAAAAAGCUGAAUACUAUAGAAAGAUGCGUGAGGAGUUGAAGAAGGUUGACAAAGAAGACAAGCUUGUGCAACAACAGCGUCGGAGAGAGAAGAAAAUGAAGGAAAAGAUGAAGUGGAAGGAAAGAAUUGCCGAAGAGGAUGACGACGAUAUUUCUGGGUCAGAAGGAGAUCAAGCUGCAGAUAGAAGGCAUAAAAAGAGUAAGAUAUAUUUUGAUGGUGAUAGUGAUGUCGACGCUAAAGGUACUGAAGUCAUAGGAGGAAAAGAGGGUAUCAUCUCCAAGCCUGUUACGUUGGAGGAGCAAGAAGCAUUGGCUCUGAAGUUGCUAAAUUCUAUGCACUCAUAGGAUAUGUCAUAUGCUGAUAUGCCUACUUAAGCUCGUAAGACGACCCAACAAAAAUGCCUUUGGAGGAAAGCAUUUUUUUUUUUUCCAGUGCAGUAAUAGUUAAUUAGAUAAAGGUUUAGACUUUAAGAGUGCAGAGUCGUGCGGUCAGCUCAGGCUUGAUCAAAAUUUUGCGGGAAUUGGUUAUUUUUCUUGUGAUUAGAUUUGCAGGAAAUGUUCGUGAAAGUGAGAUAUAUAUAUAUAUCUUAAUUAAAGUUUUUUCCUAUAUGAGAAAAAAUAGUUUCAACAAAGAACCCCACAAGGAUUAUGCGUGAUUGCAAGGAUACUUGAAACAAUUGAUAUUAACAUUUCAUUGGAAUUUUCGAUGACUGUUUUAAAU